AUGGCCACCCGGGCGUCUGCCGCGGCGCGCCGCGAUGGCGUCACGGUGGGCGGAGAGCCGGCCGGGGCGCGCGGGGGUCGAGGCCGGGCCGGCUUCCACCGGAAGGAGCAAGCGUACCUGGAGUCACCUGCUCUCCGUUACGCCUCUCCUGUUUAUCUCCACUGGGACACCCGGAGCCGCCGGGGCUGCAGCCGCGACGCCACCGGCCGUUGCCAGGCGACGAGGGGCCGGUGCAUGACGUCGGAGGCGCGCGUCACGGGCCUUCCCCCCGCGGACGGAGGCCGGGAGGCCGCGGACGGUCUGCAAGUUCGCCGGGUCUGCGAGCUCGCCCGUGCAGGGUCGGGCCUCGGCCGAGCACCUGCUGUGCGCCCGGCGCGAAUCCGAAGGUCGGGGCCGAGCCCGCUGCAGGGGCGCGGGACGGGGGCGGCCGUGUGCCACGGCCCGGGGCGCGCCGGGGAGCUGCUGGGCCCGGGUGGCCGAGAGCGCAGGAGGGCAGGAGUUGGGACUUUGUGCCCUGGGAUUCUUCCUGGCGUGGAUCCCGGGGGCCUGGCCGGGAUCAAGGGUGGCAGAUGUUGGCGGCACACAGUGGCGAUGACAUCCACGGCAGAAGCCCGUGUCGACGCUCUGCUGCCUGACCUGCCCCCGGGGCCCCUGCAAGUGUACCGGGCCCGGGCGUCCUUCGACUGGCGACAGCUGGCGCUGUUCUUGGAUGGCGAGGACAUUCUGUCCUUCAAGAAAACCAUCUUCUCGACCCUGGAGAAGGACCCGCUCUUCGCGCGCUCCCCCGGGGCCAGCCCGGCCCUGGAGAAGUACCGAGAGCUGACCUUCCUGUGGUGCAGGAGGGUCUUUGAGUACGACUUCCUGGACAUGCAUGACGCGCUCAAGAGCCCCCUGAAGGUGCUGGUGCUGGUGCACUCGCUGGGCAUGUACGACUGGUCCCUGGCCUCCAAGUUCCUGCUGCACGUGCUGGUUUUUGGCUCGGCCAUCUACAGCUCGGGUUCUGAACGGCAUCUCGAGUACCUGCACAAGAUCAGAAGCCUGGAGAUUUUUGGGUGUUUUGCGAUGACGGAGCUCAGCCACGGGAGCAACAGCAGGGCUUUGCGGACGACUGCUCACUAUGACCCUGCCUCACAGGAAUUCAUCAUCCACUCGCCCGAUUUCGAAGCCGCCAAGUUUUGGGUCGGCAACAUGGGCAAGUCAGCAACACAUGCGGUGGUGUUCGCGCAGCUGUACACAGCCGACGGCCAGUGCCACGGGCUGCAUCCCUUCCUGGUACAGAUCCGGGACCCGAAGACCCUGCUGCCCAUGCCAGGGGUGAUGGUCGGUGACAUCGGACGCAAGCUGGGGCAGAACGGCCUGGACAAUGGGUUUGCCAUGUUCCACAAGGUCAGGAUCCCCCGUGAGAACCUCCUCAACCGCAAUGGAGACGUCACCCCCGAGGGCGCCUACGUUGCCCGCUUCAAGGACACCAGGCAGCGCCUGGGCGCCACGCUGGGCAGCCUGUCCGCAGGCCGCGUCUGCAUCAUGAACGUGGCGGUGAUGCAGCUCAAGCUGGCAGUGACCAUCGCCCUGCGCUUCUCUGCCACGCGCCGUCAGUUUGGGCCGACGGACGAGGAGGAAGUGGCUGUGCUGGAGUACCAGGUGCAGCAAUGGCGCCUGCUUCCUUACCUGGCGGCCAUCUUCGCGCUGGAAUACUUCUCCAAGUCGCUCUUCCUGGACCUAGUGGAGCUCCAGCAGGACCUGCUCGGGGGAGAGCGGAGUGCCCGGCAGGAGGAGCUUGGCCGUGAGAUCCAUGCCCUGGCAUCAGGUGGCAAACCCCUGGUCUCGUGGACUGCCCAGCGUGGGAUCCAGGAGUGCCGGGAGGCGUGCGGAGGACACGGCUACUUGGCCAUGAACCGGCUGGGCAAGCUCCGGGACGACAAUGACCCCAACUGCACCUACGAGGGAGACAACAAUGUCCUCCUGCAACAGACCAGCAACUACCUGCUUGGUCUGCCUGUGCACCCGGCCCCAGACAGAGCCAGCCUGAGGAGCCCCCUGAAGUCGGUGGACUUCCUGCAGGGGUACCCCAGCAGCCUGGGCCAGCGGUUCACGGGCUCCUGCGCAGCUGACUGGCUGGACCCCGCAGCCCCUCUGGCCGCAUAUAAAUGGUUGGUUUGCUACCUGCUCCGGGAGAGUCAUCAGAAACUCCACCAGGAAAGAGUGUCCGGAUGCAGCGAUUUCGAAGCCAGAAACAACUGCCAGGUGUACCACUGCCGGUCCCUGGCCCUGGCCUUCAUGGAGCUCACGGUGGUACAGCGGUUCCUCAGCUACACGCACCAUGUCAGUGUGCCAAGCCCACUACGAGCCGUGCUGGGCCGGCUCAGUGCACUGUACUCCCUGUGGUCUCUGAGCCAACACACUGCCCUGCUCUACCGAGGUGGAUACUUGUCGGGGGAGCAGGCGGGCAAGAGCUUGGAGGCUGCCAUCCUGGACCUGUGUGCCCAGCUGAAAGAUGAUGCUGUGGCCCUGGUGGACACCAUCGCUCCCCCGGACUUCAUCCUGGACUCACCAAUCGGCAAGGCUGAUGGCCAGCUCUAUAAGAACCUCUGGACCAGUGUCCUGCAGGAGCGCGGCGUGCUGGAGCGGCCUGCCUGGUGGGCAGAGCAGGCCGUCCACAAGCCCGUGCCCAGGCACCUGAAGGCACAGCUGUAGCUGACCAGCACGGGCCUGCGCCGGACCCAAUGGAGGCGACCAAGGGUGCAGAGCAAGGAUGUCGGGCCACCGCAGCCGCACCCCUCCGACCCACAGCGCCACCCAGGCUGAGAAGGGGCUCGGGCCGACCCCAGGGGCGUGUUGGUGAUCCGCAGUGCAGCUGGCGUCAUAGCAUGGGAUGCUCAUUAUUCCGCAUUUUCUGCUGAUAUGAUCUUUUGAGUAAACAGGAAAUCAUUUUUACAAAGCUCUGCUU